AUGCUGAGAUUCCGGGCGUUGGCCGGAUCGAAACUCAUCGGGAGAUCAUUGCACAGCGGCAAGGGUGUUUGGCUACAGCAAGCAGCCAAGGUCGCCAAUGUCUCAUCCACACAGUAUCAACAGAUUUAUGAGCGGGCGCAAGGCUCUUACGAACCACUGGAUACUUUUCAGAGGCGUCAUUUGGGCCCUAGUCCCAAAAACGUGCAGGAUAUGCUGAAGAUCAUCGGUUAUAAGGAUUUGGAUAACUUUGUGACAGACUUGGUCCCACACCAGGUGCUGCAGAAACGGCCACUCGAAUUAGAGGCUCCUGCGGAUGGCUUCACCGAGCAGCAAAUGCUUGAGCACUUGAAGACGAUCGCAGACAAAAAUCGGCAUCAGGUUAAAAACCUUAUAGGUAAGGGUUACUACGGUACCAUUCUACCUCCUGUCAUUCAGCGCAAUCUUCUAGAAUGCCCGGAAUGGUACACGUCCUACACACCAUACCAGCCUGAAAUCUCGCAGGGGCGGCUGGAGUCGCUAUUGAACUUCCAAACUGUGAUAACCGACCUCACUGGCUUGCCCGUUGCUAACGCCUCGCUUUUAGAUGAGGGAACGGCGGCAGGCGAGUCUAUGUUGCUGGCGUUCAGUGCGGCCAAAAGGAAAAAGACCAGGUUUGUGUUGGAUUCUAGAACACAUCCUCAGACCAAGUCUGUUCUGCACACCCGAGCCGAACCCUUCGGUAUAGAAAUUGUAGAAAUUGACCCGCUUGACGUCGAACAGUCCAAGGCGAUUUUGAGUGACAAAAACACAUUUGGAGGGUUGAUCCAAUACCCUGCCACCGAUGGUUCAAUCAUUCCCGGAGAGACCCUAAAAUCUUUUGCGGACAUUUUGCAUAGCAAUAAGGGUCUUCUGUUGGUUGCUUCUGACUUGCUAGCUUUGACCCUCUUGAAACCUCCAUCUGAAUUUGGCGCCGACGUUGUGUUUGGCUCCUCUCAGAGACUUGGGGUUCCAUUUGGAUUUGGUGGCCCUCACGCUGCCUUCUUAGCUGUAGUCGAUAAGCUAAACCGUAAGAUCCCAGGUAGAAUCGUUGGUGUUUCCAAAGAUCGUUUGGGCAACCCUGCUUUGCGUCUAGCUCUACAAACCAGAGAGCAGCAUAUCAAACGUGAUAAAGCAACUUCCAAUAUUUGCACUGCACAAGCUCUUUUGGCCAAUAUUGCUGCCAACUACUGUGUUUACCACGGUCCCGAAGGUUUGAAAGCCAUCGCUGGUAGAGUAUAUGGUUUCACUAGCGUUUUGGCCAAAAAGAUAUCCAACGAAUCCAAUCACACCUUGGUGAACAAGACCUGGUUUGAUACCCUAACGGUCAAACUUGGAGACGGAAUCUCCUCCCAAGAAUUUUUGAAAGAAGCUCUAGAAAGGUAUUCCAUUAACAUUUAUGCUGUUGACGCUCAUACUGUUUCACUGUCCCUUGAUGAAACUAUAACGAAAGAGGACUUAUUAGCAUUGUGUCAACUCUUCAACACUUCUACAGCGCUUCCAGAAGGGUUACCGCAGUUCCCAUCAGAACUGCUGAGAACGGAUGACAUUCUUUCGAACGUUGUGUUCAACCAGCACCACAGUGAAACUGCCAUGCUCAGAUAUUUGCAUCGUUUACAAAGUCGCGAUUUAUCGCUAGCAAAUUCCAUGAUUCCUUUAGGAUCGUGCACAAUGAAGUUGAACUCCACCGUAGAGAUGAUGCCCGUUACGUGGCCUCAGUUUGCCAACAUGCACCCAUUUCAGCCUGUGGAGCAGGCCGAAGGGUACCGGGAGUUGAUAAAAUCUUUAGAGUCCGACCUGGCCGACAUCACAGGCUUCGACGCGGUGUCGCUGCAACCUAAUUCGGGGGCUCAAGGGGAAUAUGCUGGUUUAAGAGUGAUCAAUGCGUACUUGGAGUCGCAGGGUCAAUCGCAUCGCAAGGUUUGCUUGAUUCCCGUAUCUGCUCAUGGUACUAAUCCAGCCUCUGCAGUUAUGUGUGGUAUGAAGGUCGUCCCUGUCAACUGCUUGCCAGACGGGUCUCUUGACCUCACCGAUCUAGAGGCUAAGGCUGAGAAACACAAGGAUGACCUGGCUGCUAUCAUGAUUACCUACCCAUCGACGUACGGAUUGUUUGGACCUGGCAUAAGACAAGCUAUUGACAUCGUGCAUGGUCAUGGUGGCCAGGUCUACUUGGAUGGUGCCAACAUGAAUGCCCAAGUUGGAUUGACCUCGCCAGGUGACCUGGGUGCCGACGUAUGCCACUUAAACUUGCACAAGACGUUCUCGAUUCCUCACGGAGGCGGUGGUCCUGGUGUUGGACCUAUUUGUGUAAAAGCACACCUGGGUCCUUACUUGCCCGGCCAUGACCUGGUUGAAAUGAUGACAGGAGCUCCGAAGAAAGAUCGUAUUUCUUCGGUUUCCAGUGCACCUUAUGGGAGUGCCUCGAUCUUGCCAAUCUCGUAUGCUUACAUCAAGAUGAUGGGAUCCAAGGGUUUGCCUUUCUCGUCCGUGGUGGCGAUGGUUAAUGCCAACUACAUGAUGACCCGUUUGAAGUCUCAUUACGAAAUCAUGUUUGUGAACGAGAGGUCGACUAUCAAGCACUGUGGCCACGAAUUUAUCAUCGAUCUCAGACAGUACAAGGCAAAGGGUGUGGAGGCAAUCGACAUUGCCAAGCGUCUGCAAGAUUACGGUUUUCACGCUCCCACUUUGGCCUUCCCUGUUCCUGGUACUUUGAUGGUGGAACCCACGGAAUCCGAAAACUUGGAAGAAUUGGAUAGGUUUGUGGAUGCGAUGAUCGCUAUCAGGAGCGAGAUCGACCUCUACGUCGCUGGCGACUCUCGGGGAUCAGUGCUCAAGAACGCUCCUCACUCUUUGGAGGAUUUGAUCACCAGUUCUGACUGGGACUCCCGGGGCUACACCCGAGAGCAAGCCGCCUACCCGUUGCCAUACCUUAAAUACAACAAGUUCUGGCCUCCGGUGGCCAGGUUGGACGACACCUACGGUGACUUGAACCUGAUAUGUACCUGUCCAUCCGUGGAAGAAACCGUUGCCUCGCAGGAUUAG